AUGGCCUUCAACGUGAAACAGUCCGAAAGAGAGCCCGUUGCCGUGCUGGACCCCGCCGGGCUGCCGCACGAGAUCCUCAAGUUCGAGGACAUCGACAUUCCCGUGCGGGACGGAGCUAUUCUCAAGGGCCACCUGUGGAUUCCCAGGGAAGCCUGGGAGGGUAAGAUCCGAGUGGGCACGCUGGUGGAGUACAUUCCGUACCGGGCGGACGUGACGAUCCAGCGGGACGCGAUUCGGCACCCGUACUAUGCCGGAAACGGGCUGGCGUCACUGAGAAUCGACAUGAGAGGCAGCUCGAGCUCGGACGGAGUUUUGACGGACGAGUACUUGAAACUCGAGCAGGACGACGCGUUGGACGCGUUCGACCACAUUGUGGCGCAGCCGUGGUCCAACGGCCGGAUCGGCAUGUUUGGCAAGUCGUGGGGUGGGUUCAACGGGUUGCAGGUGGCAGCACGUAGACACCCUGCGCUGAAGGCUGUGAUUUCGCUCAUGUCGACCGACGACAGAUACGCCGACGACGUGCACUACCGUGGGGGGUGUGUGCUGGCGUCGGACAUGCUGUGGUGGGGGUCGACCAUGGCGGCGUACGCUCCUCGGCCGCAGGACCCGCGUGUCGUGGGCGCCGGCUGGCGAGAGAACUGGAAACAGAGAAUCGAGGUCGUCCCGAUGGUCAAGCACUGGCUCGAGCACCAGACCCGCGACGAGUACUGGAAGCACGGCUCCGUCUGCGAGGACUACAGCCAGGUGGACGUCCCGGUUAUGCUGGUGGGGGGCUGGCGAGACGGCUACACGUCUCCCGUGUUCCGCAUGGUCAAGAACCUGCCGCAUCCGGAGUCGUGCGGUCUGGUGGGCCCGUGGGUCCACGAGUACCCGGAAAUGGCCAAGCCAGGGCCCAAAAUCGGGUACCAGCAGCUGUCGCUCAGGUGGUUCAAGAAAUGGUUGCACGACGAGGGCGACCUCCGUCUGCCGCGGCUGACCGCGUACGUGCAGGACCCGUCGGGCAUUGAGGACUCGUACGAGUACAGGGCCGGCCGGUGGGUGUCUACGGACUCUGUGGAGCUGUCUGGCGGCCUGGAGUAUGCCCUAGCUCCAGAUAAUAAACUGAGCAUUGGGCAGCCAGCAAAAAUUAAUUACCGUUUCAGCGGGGCGCUCUCGCACGGCCUGUUCCGCGGCAACUUCUGUCCGUUUGGGUAUCCCGGCGACUUCCCGGCCGACCAGCGUUACGAGGACGCGAAGUGUCUGUGUUUCGACUCUGCAGAGCUGGCAGAAGCGGUCAACUUGCUGGGCGAGCCAAAAAUUGGCCUGACGCUCUCGUCUGACAAAAAGCUCGCCAACGUCAGCGUCCGGCUCGUCGACCUGUACCCUGGCGGCGAGCACGUGCUGCUCUCGUGGGGCCAGCUGAACCUGUCGCACCGAAACAGCCACGAACACCCGGAGUACCUCGAGGAGGGCCGUCUCUACGACGUCGAGAUCAAGCUUGACGUUCUGGGCGUGAAGCUCGACAAGGGCCACCGGCUGCGCGUUGCGCUGUCGACGUGCGACUGGCCGCAGGCGUGGCCGUCCGCAGAGACGCCGACGCUCACGCUGCACGCGGGAAAGCUCGUGCUGCCGCUGCUGGACCAGACAACGCUGGUGGCUGCUCCGGAUUUGGGGACCCCGUCGAUCUGCCGGCCGAUUGCGACCACGAUCGACGUUCCCGAGGUCCGGAAAAAGACGGUGCAGUUCGACUGCACGACGUUUGAGUGGACGCUCACGGACAUCGAGGACGCCGGGCAGGUGACGAUCCCGGAGUACGGCAACCUGUCCGGGAUCUACCACGGCAGCUGCAACACGAACGUGUGGAAAAUCAAGGAAAACAACCCGCUUUCCGCGUACAACAAGUGCGUCUACAGCUACUCGAUGGGGAGAAAAGAGGACGGCUGGAACGUGAAGAUGGAGACGACCGCUGUUCUGCGGGCGGACGCCGAAAACUUCCACCUGAGCAACAAAAUUGUUGCGUGGGAGAACGACGAACUGGUGGCAGAAAAAAAAUGGGUGGACGUGAUCAAACGGGUUUAUAACUAG